AUUUUCAUUGUUUUCUCACUUUUCCCACAACAGUUGUCACGGUUGCUGCAGGAACAAGAAAUAAAUAAAUAUAUUUUGCAAUUUUCACCCACCAAAUGAGUUUUCAAUAUUUUCAAUCUGCAUUUCCCUUUUAUUUCUCUGGGAAGUGGCAUUCGCCAAUCUGUUUGACCAUGUGCUGAAUGCUGAUGAACCGUUUUGUUUUACGUUGUACAGUUUCCACUUUCCAGAGUUUAGAUUCCGUUAGUUGAUUGCGAGUGUUGCAGAGAAUAUAAAUUCCUUGGAUUCAACGCUUUCUUCAUUUUUUUUGUCAGCUUACAGGUUUUGGUCUGUGAACUGUGCCCUUACCAUAUUGACUAUUUUCGUUUAGAAAGCACAGGCUUCAAAUCAGAAUGGUUUUGGUUGAUAAUGGUAAAGAUGAAAUUGAGGAAUCUAAUGGAAGUAAAAUAGAGGAGUUUGUCUCCGUAGAUAUUUCAUCUUCUCGAAGAACAUUGGUCGGCAAUGAAAAUCCUCAAAGAAAGUUUGAGGGCACCUUGAGUUCUAUUCCCAAUAGGAUCAAAUUCUUGAAAUUUGGUUCUGCAUCUGCGAAAUUCAAGAGGCUGGCUACCGAGAAGGACCAGAUUUCACAAUCGGUGCCUUCCCCAGGUUCUAAUCGCUUAAGGGAGCGCUUCAGUGGCAUGUUUGCUAAGAAACUAGACUGGGGUUCACUGAAGAAGAUGUGUGUGGAAUGGAUUAGGGAUCCAAUGAACAUAGCCCUUUUUGUGUGGAUCUUGUGUGUCGCUGUUUCAGGUGCAAUUCUGUUCCUUGUUAUGACUGGCAUGUUGAAUGGUGUGCUGCCAAGGAAGUCCCAGAGGAAUGCAUGGUUUGAAGUGAACAAUCAAAUACUCAAUGCAUUGUUUACACUGAUGUGUUUGUAUCAACAUCCAAAGAGGUGUUACCAUCUUGUACUUCUGUGCAGGUGGAGUCCACAAGAUAUCUCAAGGCUUAGAAAGGUUUAUUGCAAGAAUGGGACUUAUAAGCCCCAUGAGUGGGCACAUAUGAUGGUUGUGGUCAUUCUCCUUAAUGUGAACUGUUUUGCUCAAUAUGCACUUUGUGGUCUAAACUGGGGCUAUAAAAGAUCCGACCGCCCCGCCAUAGGAGUUGGAAUAUGCAUAUUUUUUGCAAUAGGUGCGCCCGCAAUCUCUGGUCUGUACACCAUUCUUAGCCCUCUAGGUAAAGAUUAUGAUUCUGAGAUGGAUGAAGAAGCACAGGUUCAAGCUUCUGUUGCUCAGAAGCAAGAACAGCUGAGAGUGAAGUCAUUUGAGAAGAAAUAUUCAUUUGCAUCCACACAGCAACGAAGGGUUAUUGAAAAUAAUCCACAGUGGAGUGGAGGAAUACUUGACAUUUGGAAUGAUAUUUCUCAAGCAUAUCUAUCACUUUUCUGCACUUUUUGUGUCUUUGGUUGGAACAUGGAGAGACUUGGCUUUGGAAACAUGUAUGUUCAUAUUGCUACUUUUAUGCUCUUCUGUAUGGCUCCCUUUUGGAUUUUUAUCUUGGCUGCUGUUAAUAUUGAGGAUGACACUGUUAGGCAGGCUCUAGUAGCUACUGGGAUCAUUCUAUGUUUUUUUGGUUUAUUGUAUGGUGGCUUCUGGAGGAUCCAAAUGAGAAAAAGAUUCAAUUUGCCUUCUUAUAACUUCUGUUUUGGCAAGCCUUCAGCUUCUGAUUGCACACUUUGGCUCUGCUGUAGCUGGUGCUCUCUUGCUCAAGAAGUGAGAACAGGGAAUAGCUAUGUCAUUGUAGAAGAUAAGUUAUACAGGAAAGAUGUUUAUAAUAGUGAUCAACAGCCAAUAUCACCUUUACCUCGUGAAGAUGUAGCAUCAGCAAAAUCUGGCACAAGUUCUCCUUUGGGUAACAACUCUUCCCCUUCUAUGAUGAAGCCAUCUAGUCCUCUAAGUUCAAGCAGUUUCGUUAAGGGAUAUUAUAGUCCAGAGAGGCCACUACCUACUGUACAAGAAGAGUUUCCUGAAAGAGGUAAAGAUGCAACAAUGAACCCACCAAGUCCUCUAUCAAUACAUAGAGAAUCUCCUUAGUCCAUGAAGGUAAAAGCCAGGGAUGUUUUCUGCUUCCUAAUGAACAUGACAUUGUAUGGGAUGGUCCAUUAAAUUUUGUGCUCAGUGUGUAUCCUAAGUCAUGGAUUUAUACUUUCAGCUCUCAUACUCAUGUAUAUCAACCAUGAUUUCAUUUUAGGAAGUAGAUUUUAGAUGUUGAUUGUCAGUCACAUUGUGUAAUUAAUUGGAUAGACAUCCGUGUGAACCAAGGCCCUUUGUUUCUUUUUCUAGGUUUUCUUUACAAUUUUAUCCCAAUUUGAGAUGAUUUAAAUGACAGAGAAAAUGGUUGUAGAGCGCAUUGUACAUUCUUAACUUGUAUUCCUUCUUGUGAGAGUAAAAUAAAUGAAUGUUUUGGGCAUUGUACA